GAAAAUAUAUAGAAGCGAUGCUGCGAAAUGGAAAUAUCGAUGUUUUCGAUGCAUCGAUGUAUUUUAGACAUCUCUAAAUCUCUAGUAUAUUAUAACCUCACUUUUUUGUUUAUUGACAUUUUUGUGGUUAUGAUUUUGAAUAUAUUUAUUUUUCUUAUUAAUUUAUAAAUAAAUUAUGCUAGAACAAAAAUAUUACCUCUAUACAAACGACCAACAUGGUUUUGAAUACUCAAUUUUAAUUCCGUAUGAUGACUCAGUUGAAGAAUUAACUCAUAUUUUGAUAAUCAAAUAUAGUCUACCAAUUUAUAUAGAAAAGGACUUAACUGCACAUUUAAGGGCUUUUAUAGAUGAUAGAACAAGAGAUUAUUAUAAAGAGCUCUCAGAUGAUAUUAUUAAGAAAAGAAAAGAUCAAGAAAUUAACAUAGAUGGUAUUACUAAAGAAUGGGAAAAAGUUAUGAGAGAGGAGAUUGUAGAAUUCGGUGAAAAGCGUUGUGCAUCUGAUGAAGAGUUAUUUGCCACGGCUUAUCAUAAAUUAGUGCAUUCACCCGCUUUAGAAACAAUGCUGCAGUUAGAACAUAUGUACUCAAAGACAGUUAGACAAAAGACUGAAGAGAAAAAUACUUUAAUUAAGAAUCUUUCAGAUAGUCAAACUGAAGAGAUGAAUAAAGCUGUUGAUAGAUUAGAACAAGACAUGACUGAACUAAAAAUUAAUGAGCUGGUAGCAAGACAUUAUGAAACUCAUUCUUUAUUGCAAGGAGAGCUUAGUAGUGAAUUAGAUACAUUAAAGGAAGCUCAGAGAAGAGAAUAUAGAGAGUGGAUCAUGCAAAUGCUUGAGCAAAAUGAAGCAGAUUCUUCUUUGCCCACCCCGAGUUCACCUUUUAUUCCUAAUGCUGAUAGAGAUUUUCAAAGUUCUGGUUCAGAGAGCAUACAUCAGAUAAAUUCUCCACUAAUGGAAGAAAGUUUUACCAUUCAUUUGGGCUCCCAAUUAAAGCAAAUGCAUAAUAUUAGAAUUUUAUCUGCCAAUGUCAUGGAUAUGUGUACUAUACAAGAUAAUGAACGAUUCUCUCAACCAACACCACAACUUCUUCAAACUGCUCUAGGAUUAUAUUCUAAUGAUUUGUCGGGAUUGGUUUUAAUGACUGAUAAUAAAAUAGGAUCAAGACUCACACAUGAUUUCCAGGAAGUAUGUCAGAGGACAACUGAAUUCCAUUUUUCCCAUGUUGAAGAUCAGUUGGAGAAAAUUUCAAAUGUUGCUCAGCAGUACUUUAAAAAUCCCCAGAUUGGAAGUCCAAGGAAUAGUAAUAGUGAAUUAUUACAAACUGGAGAUUUUUAUAUGACUAAACAUUCCAAUUUGGCCCAAGUUCAUGUUAUUUUCCAUAUGGUAACAGAUGAUACAUUAAGAGGUAGUGAUAUUAAUAGCAGACAUCCUGUUGUGUUGGGAUUGAGGCAUAUACUGAAGACAGCAUGUUCAAAUGAUAUCACUUCAUUGACCAUUCCUUUACUGUUGCAAUAUGAAAUGACAGAGGAGAUGACCAUAAACUGGUGCGAAAAGCGAGCAGAAUUAGUAUUUAAGUGUGUUAAGGGUUUUAUGAUUGAAAUGGCUUCUUGGGGUGGAUCAGAAUUGAAGAAUUUACAAUUUAUGUUACCAGAUGAUAUAUCUCAGGCAGUCUUUACAUCAAUGACCGAAAUGUUACCAAGAAUCUUCAAAGUAUGCAAUCCAAAGAUAUUGAAAUGAAGUUAUUGUUUAUAUUACACUUACAACUUUUAUAUAUUUGUAAUUUGUUUUUCUGUUAAUAAAACGUAAUUGUCAAGA